AUGGAGAACGCGACAGCGAACCCAGCACCACUCCUGUCCAAGGACAUUGGAGCAAUUCCUCUCUCAUCCUCCUCGUCCAAGAAACGAAAACUCUCUGAGGACCUUCGCGAUGGCAGCAACAGCAACAGCAACAGCAACAGCAACAACAACAACAACCCAUCACCGCCGUCCCCGCCGCGUCUACCUCAGGACCCGAGUCAGAGCCAGGGCCCGAUUUUCGAGGCCGGGGCAGAGGAAAGCUUCACAAACUUCAUAAAGCGGCUCAGCAACGCACAGCGUGCUAGCAAACGAAGUCGGCACGAAUAUGCCCAGACGACCGCAGCAACGUCCACGCCCAUUCCCACGGUCACUCCUGCCGCGUCACCGACACCGUUAUCGUCAUCGGCGUUCUUGCACAGGUCACUGCCCUGUCAAUUGAGAGGGACUCUCGCAUGGAAGGAGUAUUGUGCUUAUCGUAAGCGAACGUCCAGACCUGGCAUUCGACCAGCAGAGCUGUUGCGUAGUAGGAAUAGUGUCGGCACCAGUACCAAUGCCAGUACCAGCACCAAUACCAGUACCAGCACCAACGUCGAAAGCAAGACCGCGAACAAGACCGAUACCACCUCCCAUGCCAGUGUCAACGCAGGCACCAGUACUAGUACCAGUUCUAAUGCCAAAACCGGUGCCAGCGCCAAUGCCAAAGACAGUGCCAAAGACGGUGCCGACACCAAGGCCAGUAUCAACGCUAGCUCGAACUGCGGCGACGCGCCUGGUCACGAGAAAAUGACGGCCCAUCAAAAUCAGGAGGACGCAGAGCGGGCCAGGCGGGCUUCCGCACAGAAGGAGCUGAAGACGAAGCAGCUGAAGGAGUCGAUGGAGCGCCUCAGCGACUAUAGGCGUCGAGAGCAGAAGUAUUGGGCAAAGGGACAAGGGAGGUGGCAGAAGUAUUGUGCAAAGGAACACGAGAGGUGGCAGCAGCAGCAGCCACGUGAAGAGCAAGAGAAGUGGAGGCAGGCUUGGGAGGACAUGAUGAAAGGCAGUGAGAGGCAUCAGGAACAUAGGCAGCAGCAGCGACAGCAAGAGCACUAUAUGACGGACAAAUGGCUACAUCAGGUUGAGAAGCAUAUAAAGGAAAUGGCAGAGUUUAAAAGGUGCGUCAAGGAGGUGCAAAGGGGCGCUAUUGGGCCGGGGGAGGACCCUGCGGAGGUAAUGAGCCGGUUACAGCUUCGGAAUGAAGCGCUGCAGAAAGGGUGGGAAAAGAUACAGACGCUCGAGUGGCAAAUAAAUGCGGCCAUAAACGCACGCGUGAAGGCUGAGGAAGAGAAGCGCAAGAUAGUUGAGGAGGAGAGGCGCAAGAAGAGAGCAGAGGAAGAGAGACGCAAGAGGGCUGGGAAUGAAGCGCCAGUGAAGAAGCAGGCGAUGGUCGAAAGAGCGCGAGCGACAUAUGAGCAAGGGCGGAGGAUGCUGAUGGAGGGCGAUCAGGCGAAGGCGAUGUUGAAGAUGGAGACGAUACCCUGGCCGCCGUUGAGGGGAACGUCCGAGUUUGGUCCGCAGACGUCCAAGGCGGCAAUCGAGUUCGAUGCGAGGACCGGGAUAUCGCUGUUUGAUUUCCUGUUCGCAGGGACGACGAAGGAACAGCCGGAUGUGAGGAGACAGCUGCUGAGACGCGAGCAACUCAAAUUCCAUCCGGACAAGUUCCAGCAGCGUUUCGGAGCCAGGUUGUCGGCGGAGGAUGAUGGGGAUGCCUUGGCAGGCAAGAAGGCGACCGCAGGAAAGCGUGGAACGAUCUUGGAGAUGGUCGGCAGGGUCGCACGAGCACUGAAUGAGAUUGCGGGGACGCUGUAA